AUGUCACCAAAAUCAGAAAGUCUUGCCCAUGCUCUCGUAUUGCAAUUUCUCGAGCAGAAGGGAUAUAGCAAAACUCUCGCUGCCUUUAAAGAAGAGGCAGGAAACAUCAUCGCAGAAGAUAAAUCAGCAGGAAAACCACGCGAAAGCCUGACCAAGUUGGUUGACGAAUAUGCCGUCAGUCAGUUGGGGUCCAAAUUGAAUAGGCUCAGCUUGAGGAGACAAAUCGAAGACGACCUCUCAACACGCGGCGAAAACCACUUCCCUCAACGCCUCUACGAAACAUUACCCGAAAUUCACACCAGCAACAUUUUAACCGUCCGCACGCAUCUCCUUCCCAUUAGCAACUUUAUCGACAACGAUUACAUCUCGUCGCAAGUUCCGACAUUGGUCACUGGCUCGGCUGACAAAACAGUAAAGAUAACGUCUCUGCUCACCGGUGACACAAUUGGUAUCUUUAGCCAUCACAGCGGCGGCGUUCUGUGCGUUGAUUUCCAUCCGCAAUAUCCAAGUUUGAUGUUGACAGCCUCUUUGGAUGGAACUGCGGCAUUGAUAGAUGUGGUCAAGAACGACAAGGUGCAGAUCUUUAAAGAUUUGCAUAGUAAACCCAUUGUUAGGGCCAAGUUUUCAAACGACGGAGGUUUGUUCAUAACUGCUAGUUAUGACCAUACGUUGAACUUUUUCAAAAUGGUGCCUCCUGUCACGCCCACUUCUCCCGUCACUCCCGCCACACCCCAGACUCCUCGAUCACCUACCUUUGUCUCGCCGACAGGGAUAAAAUACGUAAAGAUACAUACAAUGAAAUUCCCAUCAGCAUUGGAGGCUGUUGCUUUUCUUCCAGACGGACAUACACUCAUCGCCAGUAUACGGGAGAACAAUUAUCUGCACUACAUUGACCUUCUUACGUUCAACGUAGAGAAAUACAACAUGAAUGCGAAUGGAGAUGACCAUGUGUCGUUUACUGCCAUGGACAUAUCACCAUCACCACAUAACAACGGUGCGUACAUACUCGUAUCUACAGAUAAAUCCCGUGUAAUACUCUUCCGCGUUCGUUCGUCAGAACAACUGCGCAAUUUCUACGGAGUUACAGUGGACGAAUUAUUUACUCCCAGACACUGUUGGCAUCCGAGUGGAAAGUAUUUCUUUGUAAACGACGGAGAUGGACAGAGUGUGUGUGUGGUUGAUGUGGUGGAAGAAGAAAUAUUGCGGAAAUUAGAGGGACAUGAGGCGCCGGUUAGAGAUUUAUGGUUUGAUUCAGAGAGAGAGUUAUUGAUUACUUGUGGUUUCGAUAAAACGGUCAGAGUGUGGGGAUGCGAUGAGAAUGCACGACAGGAGAGGGACGGUGAACAGACAAAGGAUGAGAAUCCGGUCAAAGUAGAACCAAACUUUAACUUGUCUGGUAAGCUUACGGCCGAUACUAACACUUUUAAUGGAGUUGUGGUGAAGUAUUCAGAGCCAGCCGAGGCAAGGAAGCCUACUGGGCGAUGGAGGUUGUAUGUAUUCAAAGGUGAAGAGCAAAUUGACCUGCUUCACGUUCAUCGGCAGAGUGCCUAUUUGCUAGGACGUGAUAGAAAGGUAGCGGAUAUACCAAUAGAUCAUCCUUCAUGCUCCAAACAACAUGCAGCUCUACAAUAUCGACAGAUAUCACAUACUGACGAUUAUGGAGAGACGCAUACACAAGUCAAGCCAUACAUUAUUGACCUCGAUACAACAAAUGGGACUUAUGUCAAUAGUAACAGAAUCCCCCCUUCCCGAUAUGUAGAGUUAUUCCAUUCAGAUGUAGUUAAAUUUGGUUAUAGCACUAGAGAGUAUGUCUUACUACAAGAGGAACAGGCCGAGAAGGACGCUGAAUAA